CACUGUGGGCAGCCUGGGACUGACAAUCUAACUACAACUCCCAUGUAGCAUGUCGGUAUGGGCGAUACAACUCAGGGGAAAAAGUUGUCUAAUUGUUUCCAGACUACGGUAGACGCUGCCUUCUCAAACUGAAGCUAAUAACCUAACAGAAAUAGAGCAUAGUUGCAACAGCAGAGAACCAAAGAUGGCCACUAAACCUUGUGCGGUCCAAAUUGUGACCGUCAAUAAGGAAGAUCACUCCUUUGGUUUGGAAACAAAAGCACUGGAACAGAUACUCUUAGCACCUACGGUUCGAGAUCUGGAGGUUGUGGUGCUGUCUGUUGCGGGUGCUUUUCGCAAGGGGAAGAGCUUUCUUCUGGACUUCAUGCUUCGAUACAUGAACAGGAAGCCCGGACAUGACUGGCUUGGUCAAGAGGAUGAGCGCCUCACAGGAUUCUCUUGGAGAGGAGGCUCAGAGCCUGAGACCACAGGCAUCCAGCUGUGGAGUGAAGUCUUCACCGUGAGGAAAAGUAAUGGCAAUGAGGUGGCAGUGUUGCUUAUGGACACCCAGGGAGCAUUUGAUAACCAGUCCACAGUGAAAGACUGUGCUACAAUCUUUGCCCUCAGCACCAUGACCAGCUCAGUGCAGAUAUACAACCUUUCACAAAAUAUCCAAGAAGAUGAUUUGCAGCAGCUUCAGCUGUUCACAGAAUAUGGCCGACUGGCAAUGGAUGAAAUCUUCUUAAAGCCCUUUCAGUCACUCAUGUUUCUGGUCAGAGACUGGAGCUUCCCCUAUGAGUACAGCUAUGGGUUGAAGGGAGGUGGACAGUUCUUGGAUAAACGGCUCCAGGUGAAGGAAUCUCAACAUGAGGAGCUACAAGCAGUAAGAAAGCACAUUCAUUCCUGUUUUACAUCUAUUUCCUGCUUCCUGUUACCACAUCCUGGCCUAAAGGUUGCCACAAGCCCUUCAUUUCAGGGACAGCUCCGUGAUGUGGCACCUGAGUUUAAAACUGAGCUAUGCAACCUUAUUCCCAUGCUACUGGACCCUGAGAGACUGGCUGUGAAGGAGAUCAGUGGCAACAAGGUGACAUGCAGGGGCCUGCUGGAGUACUUCAAGUCAUACAUUAAAAUAUACCAGGGUGAAGAUCUACCACACCCAAUGUCUAUGCUGCAGGCUACAGCUGAAGCUAACAAUUUGGCAGCUGUGGCAUCCGCUAAGGACCAGUAUUACAAGAAUAUGGAGAAGGUCUGUGGUGGAGAUCUGCCUUACGUGGCACCUGAGUCUCUACUGGAGAAGCAUAACUUUUUCAAAUCAGAGGCUCUUCAUCAAUUUAGCAGCAUUAAGAAGAUGGGUGGGAAGGACUUCUGUGCCUCAUAUCAGGCUCAUUUAGAUGAGGAGCUAAAUGAACUCUGGGAGUCAUUCAGCAAGCACAAUGAGUCAAAGAACCUUUUCAGUGCAUUCCGCACACCAGCAGUACUCUUUGUCCUGGUUUGCCUCAUGUAUGUGCUCUCCGCACUUUUACUGUUCAUCGGGCUGAGCAGUGUUUCAUUCGCCUGUGACUGUAUGCUGGGUCUGGCCAUGGUAGCUAUGCUCACCUGGACCUUCAUUCGCUACUCUGGCCAAUACCGAAAUGUUGGCACUGCCAUAGACCAGGCAGCCGGAGUGUUACUGGAGCAGGCCACCGGAAUGUUGAAUAAAUCAAGAACCCAUGCAAUAACGCAAGGCAAAAAAUCAAGAUAGCUUUUUUAAGCAAAUCAAAGAAUCCUGCUUGAGAUAAACAGCACAACAUGAAUUCAACCAAUCAUUUGACACCAAAUAUUGCUAACAUACUUUACCAAACUUGUCAAAAAUCUGUAUCCUGUUGCAAUGUAUUUUAGCUUAAAAAGAAGCAAUCAGUUUUUUUUUUCCAUGACAAAUGAUGUACAAUAUUUGACCUGCUCAGUAUUUGUUUAUGAUUGGCUAGUCUUUCAUGAGAAAUUUGUUUUGAUAUCAAAUGUUUAUUACAAAAAGGUCCUAUGAGAAUGUGCUGAAUUGUUUCUUUUUUAAGAAAAAUAACUUAAAUUUCAUCAUUAGACAACUUAUCAGAUACAAGGUUGAUUUUGCACAAGGUCUGUCCUCCUUAAAGAAGAUGAAGUAUUUUGUUUACAUGUACUUAUUUUAAUAUUGCCAAAGAUUUUGCUCUUUAUCACCUUUCAGGGCAACUUGUCAUACAGGAAAUGGCACUAGAUAUAAAUGUCUUUUUUCAUAUUAUAUCAUUACACAACAAGCCAUGACUGUAAUAAAAUACACACUAGAUUAUAAUAAUUUGUUAUACUGUAAAAGAAACACAACACUAUAACACAGCAUUGUUACUUUAGCACCUUUAUGGGAUUAUGUAUACAUUCCAUCUUUUCACCAAGUUUGAACUUUGCAUAUGAUUUAUACUCCUUUUGAAAGUGUUUAUGUUAGCGUCUUGUCUUCUGUUUUGGGAAUUAAAAAUUGUAUUCAUCAGGGACCAGCCCAGCCAAAUUGGCGAAUUAAAUUGCAUGGUGCUUUAAAAAAAACAAUCCAAAUGUGGUAGGAAACCCUUUAAAACAUGGGAUGUGUUCCAUUACUGCCACAUGUUAGUUAACCAAAUUACUAAGCAAUGUACUCUGAGCAAUGUCAGUCUGAUUCAAAUGGAGUUGUUUUUUUAAUGGGGGGGUUGGUUGGUGGUUUUGUUGGUUGGUUAAUGACAAUAUCACUGUUUUUCUAUAUCAUCUCCUGUAAGUGUUAUGCCAUUUUACUAAAUAACUGAUGCACUCGCACAUUUUUCUUUGUCAGGUUUGUUCUUUUCUCAUCUCAAAUCAUCUUCCCCAGAGUUUUAAUAUUUGACCCUGUCUAAGUUAGCCUUAGCUGCUUCUGUUACAAAAAAAAAGUAUUCACAUUAUAUUUUACCUUAAGAUUUGAUAUCAGCCUUAUAUGGGAACUUUUUUGUGUGUAUUUGUUUUGUUUUCAGUGAUGAUCUGAGUAAUGUGAUCACUCUGUUUUCAAUUUAUUGCUCUGCCACAUUCUUUAUACACAAUUAUAUGGCAUCUCAGCCUCACUUAUGGCCUCUGUUCUGUACAGUAGUUUUAUUCAUUCAGGAAAUGCAAAGGACCAGCUUUAAAACUGCCAAGUGUUCUUGGUAUAUGAAGCGCUUUAUGCAUAAAACAAUGUUACAUUUCCUUAUGCAUUCCAUUAAUAAAAAUCAUGCAUGUGAAA